CUGACUAUUUAAACUGCAAUAACAUGAAGUGACUUCAUGAACCCUGAACUUCACUUGUCAACACCCACAAAUACCAACCAAACAUUAGCAUUAUUGCACAACAUGAGUGAGACAGCGUACCUCAGAAAGAACUUUACUCAACUAGAAGAGGCAAAGGAAACACCACAAAAUACAGUCCCAAAGAUACAAAAGGUAGCAAGUUAUCUCCGAGAUCGAGAGCACUGGAAAAAGCAUUACUUACCCAGGUUAGUUUCAAUUGGUCUAAUCGAUCAUGGUAAACGGAAGCUGGAGCUGGGAGAAAAAUACAAGCUUAUGUGGACAGCAAAGUACCUUGAACGCACCAAACAAGAUGGUCAAACUCUGUACCAAAAGAUUGCAUCAAAUAUCGAACAAUUGAAAGAACGGUUUGCUGAUGAUGUUAUUAGUGACUUCGGUGGUGAUAAUGAAAAGCUGUCGUGGAUUCUAUUUGUGGAUGGAUGCUCUCUGCUACAAAUCUUGGAGAAGGCAGACCUUAAAAAUCCAAAAGAAAUGAAUCUCAAGGUUGACCAACUGGUUCUUGUGUGCCAUGAUGUGCUUUUGUUAGAGAAUCAGCUUCCCUAUGAAGUGCUUAAACUCUUGUCAGGCCACCAGAAUGAUGACACACUGGUAAGCAGCAUGAACAAGUUUCUUAAGUUCCAUCAUUUGUCACCAGAUGAAGAAAGUGAAGAAAAAUGCAAGGGCAAGUGUAAUAACGAGGAAGGAGACAGAGCAAUGGAUGAAGAUGGUUAUGCAAGCGUUUACGUAAAUGAAACGACCCUUUAUGAUGCACAAGGCAAGGACUUACCUUUUCAUCUUCUCGAUAAGCUUCACAAAACUGUGGUUUGUGACUUCCAAGGUUACGGAAAUAGGUGCUCCGACACAACAUGCUCCGACACAACAUACAGGAACAUAAAGGAGCUGAGAGCAGCAGGGAUUAAACUGAAGGUAGAAGAGUCACGGAAGCUGACAGCCAUCUCGUUCCGUUAUCGGUGGAUGUGGUUGCGUGCUGAACUGACACUGCCAAAGAUCAUAGUUGAUGACACAACAGCUACUAGUUUUCUCAACCUGGUAGCGUAUGAGAUGUGUCCAGAUUUUGAGAACAACUUCGUGAUCAGUUCCUUUGUGGCUUUCAUGGACUCGCUCAUCGACCACCCUGAGGAUGUGAAGGAGCUGAGAUCAGCAGAAGUUCUGUGCAAUUCGCUUGGGAGUGAUGAGGAAGUGGCGAAGCUCUUCAACACCAUAAGCUCUGACUUGGUGCCCAACUGUGGGAUCUAUUCAAGUGUUGGACAAGAAAUUGAAAAACAUCAUAAGAAGAAAUACAGGACAUGGUUUGCUCUUGCUUAUCAUACUUAUUUUAGUAACCCUUGGGCAUUCAUUGGUUUUCUUGCUGCCAUUUUUGCCCUAGUUCUCACUUUCAUUCAAGCUUGGUUUGCCAUUCACCCUAAAUGCUGAAAUUUCUUUCUUACUUUUCCAUUUCUCCCACAACACUUUCAUUAUGCGUUUGCUAAUCUUUUCUAUUCAUAAUUAA